AUGCAAACCUUUGGAGCCUUUCUUGCCUCCCUCGCCAUCGCUGGCAACCUCGCCGCUGCUUUACCCGCAGCUGGUCAGACCCAGACUCUUUCCAUCAACGCCGUUCACAACAAGAACUUCAAGCCCAACGGCCCUCUGGCCCUCGCCAAGGCUUACAACAAGUACAACGUCCCUUUGCCCACAGAGCUUUCUUCCCUGGUGUCUCGUAUUGAAGAGGACCUGGGACUGCAGAAGCGCCAGGAUGGUACUGGUUCAGAUCCUGCCAAGCCUCCCCCCGGGGUUGGUGACCUGGAAUAUCUGGCCGAAGUUGACAUCGGUACUCCUCCUCAGAAGCUAUAUCUCGACUUUGACACCGGCUCAAGUGACCUCUGGGUAUUUAGCAGCGAGACCCAGCAGAGCCAAGUCAACGGCCAGAAGAUCUAUGACAUCCAAUCCAGCUCGUCUGCCAAGCCGCUUGAAGGAGCGUCCUGGUCCAUCCAGUACGGCGAUGGAAGCACCUGCCAAGGUGACGUCUACCUCGACCAGGUCACCGUCGGCGGGUUGACUGUCAAGCAGCAGGCCGUGGAAUCUGCCAAGACGGUCUCUGCCCAGUUCACCAGGGGCCCGUCCCAGAACUCUGGCCUCCUCGGCCUUGCCUUUGACGAGAUCAACACGGUCAAGCCGACGCAGCAAAAGACGUGGUUCUCCAACAUCAAGGACAGCCUCAAGGCGCCUCUGUUCACGGCCAACCUGAAGCACGCUGCCGACGGCACCUACAACUUUGGCUACAUUGACGAGCAGGAGCACGACGGGGAGAUUUCCUACACCGAGCUCGACAGCAGCCGCGGCUUCUGGGGCUUCACUGCCUCCGGAUACGCCGUGGGCAACGGCGACCUCCAGCCCGCCCAGAUCCAGGGCAUCGCCGACACGGGCACCACGCUGCUCCUCAUCGACGAUGGCAUCGUCGAAGCCUACUACGCCCAGGUCCAGGGCGCCCAGAACAACCGGCAGAUGGGCGGCUACGUCUUCGACUGCGGCGCCACGCUGCCCGACUUUCGCUUCGGCGUGGGCAGGGCCACCAUCACCAUCCCCGGCAGCAUCAUCAACUACGCGCCCGCCCAGGAGAGCAGCUCGACCUGCUUCGGCGGCAUCCAGAGCAGCGGUCAGCUUGGCCAGAACAUCUUUGGCGACAUUGCCCUCAAGGCGGCGCUGGUUGUCUUUGACGCGGGCAACAACCGUCUUGGCUGGGCGCCCAAGAAGGCGUAG